AUUUAUUCGAUUAUGCAAUUCGGUAGAAUGAGCCUUUAUGCUUUGAACCUCAAAAUGGCAACGUACGUUUCGCGGUUCCGCAUCUGCGAUUGGUUAUACCGCUUGUUGUUUAACAGCUACACUUUUCGUGUGUCCCCGCUUAUUACACGGUGAAAUCUGCGAUUUAAAGACGCCAAAUUGGCGCGAAUUUACUGACAACAUGUACAAUGGACAUGAUUAUUUAUCAUGUAUCAAAAUUCCACCUACAAAGCAAGUUACGAUAAAUAGCACACAAAAGGCGGAAAAAACAGAACUAAUUGAUUUUGCAGCAGAACAUCGUGUUUUAAUUUCAGCAGCCAAUAAAGCUUUUGGAGAAGGCAAAUGGUGUCACACUGUUGUCAGUCAGAAUUUAGAUUAUGUUGACACUGUUGGUACUAAAUGUUGCGUUGGAUGCGUUAGUUUUGUGAAUGUUCGGUUGGAGAAUGGAACUUUUCAUGAAGAUGUUGGUUACCAUAGUGCGGAAGAAUCUACAAAAGGCUUGUCAAUACAUAAAGCAAGAAUUGGUUCUUCCGUGAAUGCCUUAAAAAGAGUUCUAUUAUCAUUUGGAGAAAAAGUCGAAAAAGAGGUGCAGCAAUUACAAAAACAAAGUAGUUCUGAACAAACAAGUAUUGUACAGAAAAUAGCAGUGCAAUCAUUAGAUAAUAAGCAGAUUCAAGGAAAAUCAAAUGUUUCAGUGCCUUUUAUAGUACCCGUUUCUUAUCUAUUACAAGUAAAGCAUAAAAGUCCAGAACCAAAUUCUGAACAAAAUACAGAUUCUAAUAGAUCACUUGUUGUGAAGAGUGAAACAGCUGAUGCUAAUCAACCACAAGCAGUUAUAAAGACCCAAAGUCCGAAAAUAACUGUUCCAUCUUCCUCAGAUCAGACAAAACUGAAUCAAAGUCAAUACAAGUGUUGUCUGCACAAGAAGUGCAACGAAUGGAAAGAGAAAAGAAAGCAAAUGGAAAAACAGAUGGAAUUUAAAAAGCGUAUGAUGGAAAAAGGAGCAGUGCUAAAUGAUAACAAGCCUAAUCCAAAAAAUUAAAAUAUAAGUGUUGUAUAUAAUGUUAACUUAGUUUUAAUGCUAUCUAUUUUAGCAUAUUUAUAAUGGUCUAUUUUUUAUAUUGAGCAAAAUAAAUUUCCUGUAAACAAGUAAAUAAAUAUCUUGCAC